AUGACAGACGCAGAAUGUGACAUUUCGCAGACCCGUCCGCGAAUGCUUGUCCCGGUCACUGCCGCUUUGUUGGGAAUGUGUGUACUUGCACCAUUUAAUGCGCUAGUUUCCUCGAUCGAAUACUUCCACGAUGCGUUCCGACUGACGCCGCUUGAGAGCGUGUUUAGUAGUGGUAUCAUGACCGUGUUUAAUGCCACGGCUGUCGUGUGUGCUGUGACAGCUCUAUUCCCGCAAGGCACGAAGCGAUUCAUGGUGAUGAAGCGUAUCCAGAUCAUGCUCGUUGCUUCCAUGGCGCUGUCAAGUGUGGUCAUUGUAUCCAUAUGGAUUCGCGGUAACGACGCACCAAGAAACCCGACCUUGUAUUAUAUCAUUCUUUUGGUCAUGUCAAUUGCUCUCGCUCUGGUUCAAACAUACUUGCAAAAUGCUACCAUGGCAUUUUGUACCAGCCUGGAUAUUCACGGGUACGUCACAGGGUACAUGCUGCUGGGUCAGGCUUUGAAUGGCGUCUUCGGCAGCGUAUUGAAUCUGGCUAGCUCCAUGUCAGCGUCCAAGAUAUCACAUGAGGCAGUUGCUCAAAACAAGAGGUCAGCUCUCACAGUAUAUGUGUCAACGGCCCUAUUGCAGUUGGUGACUUGGUGGGCCUUUCGGCGCAUGCUGCGUGCGCCCUUGAUUAAGCAGCGCAUGGAAGGAUGGACACAAGUCGAACAUGACAGACAGGGACCUGACAUGUCAUGGACGAGGAUCAAGCGCGUGCAAGCGAGCUUGGUUCCAUGGAGUGCUAGCAUUUUUGUUUUAUUCGCCGUGACACUAUGCGUAUACCCAGGCAUCACGUCGCGGGUGCGUACCACUACUCAAAGCGCAUGGCUCCAGAAUGAGGGCGUAUUUGUGGCACUGCACAUCGUCUGCAUGAACAUCGGUGACCUUAUGGGACGACGACUACCGAUUAUCUUCCCCGCCACGAAUGUACGUCGUGUGUCUGUCGCUAUCGCAUGUACAGCUGCGCGGAUUCUGUUCCUGCCAUUCUUUCUUAUGUGCCAUCUGGGCAAGCAUGUCUCCAGCCCCAUACCUGACAGCUUGUUCUUCCUAUGCGUAUGGGGCAUAGGUCUGACGUCGGGCUGGCUGUCUACCUCUCUUCUUAUAUGUGGGCCACAAAGCGUGAAUACAGCACACCCACACGGCGAGAGAAACAUUCUUCUGCAACAAGAGGAUUCAUAUGAGAUACCCGCAACGGAGCGCACGGCGGCGCAGGACGCGACGGUCGCCUCCAUGCUGCUCUCGUUCUGGAUCGUAAGUGGUCUGACGGCAGGAGGCGCACUCAGCCUCUUAGUCAAUAUAUUGCUCGGAUGA